AUGGAAAUCAAGAUUAGAAGACUGAUUUUAUCAAUUUGGGCAUUCAUAAUAUUUGCAAUAGCAUCUGUAAUUAUUAUGAAGCCAGUGUACUUAACAUUAUCAAGUGCUGAUCGACGUGAACAAUUUGUUGAAGAACUUUAUGAUCAAAUGCUGCAAAACGAUUUUACACAACGUAAUUCAGGAAUAUUUGGUGAUACCGACUAUAAAAAACUUAGAAAAAUCAAACAAUCGUUUUUAUAUUUGUGGAAUUUGUACAGAACGAAAGCGUGGAUGCAUGACGUCAUUGAUGAUGAGUCUGGAUGGGAAGACUAUACGCACCAAGCUCAAUCACUUGUUUCUGCAAUCGGAACUCUUCAUUUAAUGGGAGAAACAAGAGAUUUAAAUGAAAUCGAAAGAUUUUUCAACAAAACUGUUCUGCUUCCACAAGGGUCUGCAAAAUUUUCAGAAUAUUACGGUUAUGUUUUAGAAGCGUUUCAAUCUGCAUAUGAAAUGACAAAUGAACCAACAUACGCAUCUAUGAUUCAAAAAUAUAUGUCCGGAUUGAACUACUCAGUGUAUGGUGGCUGUGAUAUGGUCGCAUUUGACAAUAAUCUCUUAAAACCAACAGAAAAUCCGAUUUUUAACAUUCAUGAGUUCUCAUCUACGAUGUUUUGUUCACUUCAGAUGUUUAGAUACACGAUUACGAAGAGUUAUUACUUGUUUGCUCUUCACAUUUAUGAUAAAAUCAUUCAAUCUCGUUCUCACGGCUUGCAUCAGAACUUAUUCAAUAGAAGUAAUAACCAAGAGGUAUUUGGGAUGCUUAGUUUUGAUAGUAAUGGCUACAGUUUUUAUGAUAAUUUAAUUAAAUUGAAUUUAUUAACGAAAGACUCUGUUAUAUCAGUACAAAAUCAUAUGAAAGAGAUAUUUGAAAUUAUUGCGCAGAACUUUAUCGAAUACAGAGGCGACAAAGCCUAUUUAAUCAGAUAUAAUAAAACUACAAGGGAAAAUAUUGUUACUCUUGAUAGUUUCUUGUAUGCAGGCCUUAUAAAACUUAGACGUGAUAUUCCUCCUGAAGAUGUUUACAGAUACGGCCAACUUUCGGAAAAAUUGAUGAAUGGUUUAUUCGAAUUCCUCAGUUUAAACGAAAAUGGCCUUCCUCCCAAGAGUGCAAAGCUCGUUGGUGACAAGCUUGUCCCAUACGAAAACGAAUAUGACUUAAGCCACAGAGUAUUAGAAGUUUUGUUCAUUUUCUACAGAUCCACACAUGAUAAGAAGUACAGAGAUGCUGCAUGGAAGAUAUACAAGGCUGUAAACGCAAGCUGCGUUACAGAUUACGGGUAUUGUCCCGUUAGAGUCGAAUCAGACGGAAAAGUGACACAGUUACACAAAGAAGUUUCGCCCAGAGUAUAUUCAGGGUUUUUCAAACUCUUGUAUUUGAUUUUCGGCGAUUCUUCGCUUUACGAUUUCGAUAAUUGGAUAAUUACUUCUAAUGGACAUCUCCUUAAGGUUUGGUCAGAUCCAUCCACUUUCAUUGAUGCGGAUGUAUUCGCAGGAGCAUCGCGGUUGAAUGUUUUUUAA